GAUAAAGUGAUUUUAAGGAGAAAUGCGGCGUGUUUUCAGUGCUGCUGAUCUCACACACCGCCAGACCUGAGCUCACAUUGAGACGAAGAGCGGCGCUGGGAAGUUUAAUGUUCCUCAGGAGCGACGGAAACAGUCCUCCGAACAUCUGAGGAGAUUUCACCUGCUGGUUUUGGCGCAUACACAAUUAGGAUGACCUACAAAUGGUUUCUGUUUCUCCCCGGUGGGCUCAUGCUCCCGAUCUAGGGUGGGGGGGGCAUCGCCCCGUUCUGCCAUGAAAGGCUACACCCCCCAGCGCACCCGUCACCCGUCAGACUGCGAGCCGCCCCGUUCUCCCAGUCACCGGGACCCUCUGUACCCCCCGUCUGCGUCCUCCACCCUGUCCCACGCCCCGUUUCUCCUCCCAGCAGCCAUGGAGCAUUACGGAGCCCUGGACCCACAUCACUUCUCCCCAUCGCCCGACUGCCUGAUGCCCCUCAACAGCCAGCUGUCCUCCAGCAGCACCUUCCCCCGGAUCCACUACAACUCGCACUUCGACCAGGGCGACUUCGGUCCCACGGCUGACAGCAUCGGGGGAAUCAGCACCGGGACGCUGGGGACGUCUAUGUCCAUGGGAAUGGGUCUCGGAGUGGGACGGACCGCCAUGAUCACCAGUGGAUCCGCAACUAUAUCGGGGGCAGGAAAAAUGAACCGGAUGCCACCUAACCUCUUAGACCAGUUCGAGAAACAGCUGCCAGGUCAACAGGACGGCUUCAGCACGUUACAGUUCCAUCGAAGCACUGCGGUGACGACGACCAAACAGCAGCAACAGCAGCGGACUGACAGUCCGGGAAAAAUACGCUACUUAGUUCACUCCGUCCAGAAACUGUUCGCUAAAUCCCAGUCGCUGGAAAACUCUGCCAUCAAGGGAAACAUGAACGGCCGCAACAGCAGAUCGUCGAGCAGCGAUGACAAAAACCAUCGGAGCAAAAGCAAAGACCGGGCGAAGAGCGAAGGAACUGCCAAACGGAGGCCACGAUCCAAUAUGUCUGGAUACUGGAGUUCUGAUGAUUUGGACAGUGAUAUAAGUAACUAUAGGAACCCAAAGGCCAUGAUGACUUUGGGUCGUCAAGCGGUGGGAUCUGGACCGGGGCCGGGUGGACAGGUGGCAUCCAGGUACUUCAUGCAGGGCUACAGCACCAUGAGCGAGCACAUGCUGAAAUCCUCAAAGAGUAACAGUGACCUGAAGCACCAGGGGCUCCCUGCACUCCCGGGACCUGGCGGUGGUGGUGGUGGUGGGGGGGUCAUAGGAAGCCGAGGACCGAUGUUUGACGGGAACUUUGGUAAAGGGGGACCCUGGUCCACGCUUACGUUAGGACCCUCCAGACAGGUGUGCCAGAAGGGCUCGGCCACGCUGGAUCGCACCCUGCUGAAGUCCAAAUCUGUCCAGCAGGAUCUGGGCUGCCACAUCCUGCAGGUGCGCGGGAGGAUGCCCUCCACCGGCGACUGGAUGGGGACUCUGGGCCGAAGCGGGCCCAUGGGCGAGAUCCCCUGUAGACGGAUGCGUAGCGGCAGUUACGUCAAAGCCAUGGCCGACCUUGAGGAUAGCGACGACUCUGACGAGAGUCCCAAACCCUCGCCAAAAAGCACCGCGCGGAGGCAGAGCUACUUACGCGCAACACAGCAAUCACUAAGUGACCAAUUCCCCUCAAGAAACCGUCUGCUGGACUACUCGAUGCUGCAGGGGGAUCUGGAGGCUCUCUGGUCCCCCCUCCACAGCAUCAGCACCCUGCAGCAGAUCGGACGCUCUGUCAGCUGUCUUCCUUCUCUGCGAGAGUACUCUGGGAAUCGCAGUCUGGAUAACCUGGACUGCAUCGGAGGCAGUUCUCCGUUCCCAAACUGGGAUGAUGACGACUUCAGUCAGGGCUGCAGCACGCUGGGACGCGGCAGCUGCAUCAGUCAGGUGCGAGACAUGGAGCUGAGUCAGCAUUAUAGAGACGAGCUGGAGGACAUGCAUCCUCACUCCCGCUGCAGCGAGCCUCCAGACAUGCCCAUGCCCACAUGCUUCCGCUCCCGCAGCCAUAGUUACCUUCGCGCCAUUCAGGCCGGCUGUUCUCAAGACGACGACACGGCCUCGAUGGACUCUGAUUCACCGCCGCCCACGACCACAACGACCGUACGCACCUACAGCAACAGCACCGUCUCCACAUGUAUGACCUCCUGUAAGAGGGUGGCUCCGCCUCCUGUUCCCCCUCGAACCACCUCCAAACCCUUCAUCUCCGUCACCGUGCAGAGCAGCACCGAGUCCGCGCAGGACUGCUACCCCGACCGCAAGAGCGAGGUCAACAGCCAAUCAGGACGCAGCAACUCCUCCGACAGCCUCGACAGCCUGGCCAAAGGGUCACGACCCCAGCUUCCUGUAGCGCCGCCCCGUGUACCCCAGGCCGUGGUCAUCUCUCCCAACGCGCUCCGAGAGUCCCAUCAUAUGCAGGUGAAGGGGGAGGCGCUCGCUGCGGACGAACCCCCUGUAGACCCCGUCCCGAGACGGAAACUCUCCUCCAUUGGGAUUCAAGUGGACUGCAUUCAGGAAAUCCAGGCUAAAGCAGAGACGCCACCGCUGGCCAGAUUCCAGUCGAUCGGAGUUCAAGUGGAGGACGGCUGGACUUUCAGCCGCUCCAGUAGUAUGGCCUCUCGGCAAGAGACGGACUCAGACACGCAAGAUCUCUCGCUCACGUCGCUGACGUUCCCAUCCAACUCCAAACACACCGAGAAGAAAGUCAUGGUCAACAGCGCCAGCCAAUCGGUGGACUCUCCUCCGCAGCUCUCCCUCGACAACGGUAACCAUGACAACGGCGUAGCGGUGACAACCAGCGGCCCCUCCCGACAGAUCCUGACCAAUCGCUCGACCACGCAGAGCAGCUCCUCGUCCUUCUCCGAGAGUCUGGAUCCGGCCCUCGACCCGUCAUCCCUCCCGCCGCCUGACCCCUGGCUGGAGAGCGGGAAUGGGACGGGGGACGGGGGCCCCGCCCAGCCGCUGACAGGGGCCACGGCGUGCCGGCGGGACGGUCACUGGUUCCUGAAGCUCCUGCAGGCCGAGACGGGCCGGAUGGAGGGAUGGUGCAGUCAGAUGGAGAAAGAGACCAAAGAGCACCAGCUCUCAGAGGAGGUUUUGGGGAAGGUCCGUAGCGCGGUGGGCUGCGCUCAGCUCCUCAUGUCCCAGAAGUUCCAGCAGUUCAGAGGCUUGUGUGACCAAAACCUGAAUGUGAACGCAAACCCGAGACCCACGGCUCAAGAUCUGGCCGGGUUUUGGGAUCUUCUUCAGCUCUCAAUAGAAGACAUCAGCCUCAAGUUUGACGAGCUUUAUCAUCUCAAAUCAAACGACUGGAAGCUGCAGGGAGACUCGCCGGAGAAGCAGGAGAACCAGAAACAGGCUCCUCCGGUGCCCAAGAAGCCUGGGAAGAGUAAACCCGCCCUGGGCCGAGAGAAGAGCAACGACUCGGUGGACAAACAGAGACAGGAGGCUCGCAAGCGGCUCAUGGCGGCCAAGAGAGCUCAGUCCGUCAAGCAGAACUCGGCCACCGAGAGCGCCGACAGCAUCGAGAUCUACGUGCCCGAGGCGCAGACGCGGCUCUGAGGAGACGCACACCAAACACGCUCAAGGGCUCCGGCGUCACACACAACACCAAAAGCUGCUUUUGUCUUUUGACGGCGUCGAGGUGAGAGAGGGGGACGCAAACCACGCAGUGCAAACAGACUGCCAAGGAAAACCUCACAACAAAAAUCGUAUUAGUUGCAAUGAAUAAUAUUAUUAUUGAUAUGAUAAUUCAUAUCGGACUGCUAUUGAUUAUGAUUAUUGUCCUAGAUUGUUUUAAAUGUUCUGGAUAAGAACUCCUGUAUCGUAGAAACACUCCCGCCGCUCGCGUGGAAUCCACGUCUUCCUGUUACACGCUUCGGUUUCUGUUCUUCUUCCUCUCUUCCUUCACCAGAGAUGCUCCUCGUCUUUUGUUAACAGUUUGGAUCGAUGCAAGCGAACGUCGCACCAGCUGCUGCUUGAUGCGGCAGGUGGCGCUCUUCCGUUUCUCAUGUUUUGAUGUUUACGAAUCAUGCGUUGUGGUAUAUCUCCGUCUCAGGUCCUGAAGUCUCACGGUCGUCCAGUUCUCAUGAGUUUAAACAAUCCUGAUAGUCCUUGUUAUUUCUGCUUUGCUUUAAGGAAAGCAACCUAACCUGAUGUUUUAUUGAAUGAAGUGCCUGUGGAUCAUUAUUGUGGGUAACUUUACGACCCUUGUAGCAAUAUCAAAGAUUAUAAUAUCACAAUUUAAUCAGCACUCCCUAAAACACGUAGUGUAGACGCUUUGGCGGUGGGAUAAAACUUAAAGAGCUAAAUAUGAUUCUUCGUUCCUUUUCAUCAUCCAGUUUCUCUUUCAAACUGCACAGAUCUGUACUUGUCGCUCCUCAUCAUGUCCUGUUAGUUUGAAUAUAGCAUUGAAAACAUCUUUAUGCAAACAAAAAAAAAACUUUUUUUUUUAUCGAAGAAGGUGGUUAGGUUUGUUUUAAACGUAUUUGAUAAAACUGCAAAUUAAGAAAUCUUACCUAAAUAUUCUAAUAUUAAUGCGGUUUUAAUUUGAUCCUUUAUAUAUUUCAUGUGACUUAAUCUGAUUUGUCCGAUACAAACUUACUGCUCUUUCCAUGCACUACCAUUGUCAAGUUUGGGGUAGGUUUGAUUUUGUAUGUUUUAAAAGUCUCUUGUCCUCACCAAGGCUGCAUU